CGGGCAACAGCAGGGGCGCGCUGGCAAACCAAACCACGCGACACGCGCCUGGGCCCAGCCUAGUGCGCGCCUCGGCGUCGCGCAACAGCCAUCGCCAAAUAAUCUUUCCUCAAACACCGUCAAUCCGUGCGAGGAGCGUCGCGGCUCUCUCAACAGCGCCUUCGAGUCAGACAAGGUACCUCCUUCAUGCGAGCUCGCGCCCUACGUUUGGCCAAGGAUUCUGCUGGUCUCUCGCUUCUGUUUUGCGGAUGACCGCGCGCUUCGCAUCAUCACGAAGAGGAUCGUCAAGCCGGGCUGGCGCGAAUUCUAUCACAGGCAUGGCCCGAUGACAUCUCCGCGUACCCGCCUCAAUGGCACACAUAGACAGCGCCUCACCCCCCGGCCGCGCCCGCUCACCAACCAGCACAGGGAUGCAUACCGGCCCUGAUUCGUACUAUUCUAAUCAAGACAUAACUAUCUUGCACUUCAUCGUCGCCGCUGCUCAGGAUGAGCUUGACCAUGCACCAGAGCCCAAGCCCCUUCCGGCCGCUGUACUUUUCAAGGCAUAUGACGAGAUCCUACCGACCUUUGGUAUCGACCCAGACUCCGAUCACCACCUGUCUGCUUUCAUUUUCCGAAUUGGUGGUGAACAAGGAAAUGGCACUCUUUCGGAUAAAUUUCAGCUCAUCCUCGGCCGCAUGGGCAUCAUUCUUGAGUUUGGGGACAACUCUACCAUCUCGGCUGCAACAUCAUCCACGCUCUCAACAUCCCCGUCCCAGUCGCACUCGAGUCGCCCCAAUUCGGCCCUAAAGCCCGAUGUCGUUGGACCCUCUCAUGGGGUCCCGGGCGCGCCAGAGGUAUCGUCGUGGAAUAGAGCUGGGACUCCCUUCCUCGCCAACCUGAGCGUACGCCGUCACGUUCGUCCAAAUGCUUCAAACUUGAGUGCCCAAAACGCCCCUUUGUCCAGGUAUCUUAGCAGUCAAUCAGAGAUUGCAGGCGAUCGACGCUCGCCUGUUUCUAUCGAUGGGCAUUCGACGCGCCCCGAAAACCCAUCUCCUGUCGUAUUUCAGGAGGCUUUUGCCAGCAAAAUCGAAAACUCGUAUCCCGUGAGUCGACACGGGAACUCAUACCCUACGCUCACAGGUUACGAUCCUACAACACGGGCCCUGGACGUGCCCUCAGCCGGCGAUCGUUGGCGAGACCUCGCGAGCGUUCUGUCUGGGCACAUAACGCGCGGACGAGAUGCCUUGGCCACGCAUCGGUCUGAGGCCUUGGAGAUCAGCACUCGCCCUGACGGUGCCACUACUGAAUCGGGAUUACCUCCGUCACAGGACCUACAUGAGCCGCCAGUGCCAAUGCUUGCAAAUUCUGGUCACAGCCAUGCUAGCGCCUCAGGGGAGCGAGGCCAUCAAGUGUGUAUUGCAUCACCCAAACAAUCAUCGGAGUCCCCCGCGACCCCACUGCGCCCAAUAUUCAACGAUAAGGGGGCGUCAAAAACGGUCAGGGCCCCAACGAGCAGUCACCCUGCCAACCUGGGGAAAAUCCCUUUUCACCGCGCGGCGAGGGCACGCGAGCUAUACCUUGCUAGUAAAUUUUUUAAUCGAUGGGCAGGCCGAACGGCUACCAAACUCGAACGAGAAGCUGUGGCGCGAAGACAUAUGAUACGGUUUCGGUGUUUCCAAGGCUGGAGUAGAGCGCCAACGCUCAAGGCUCCUGCAGCAGAGCAUUUGCGCGCAACAACUGCUGUACAAAAGCUGCGCCGAGCAAUAGCCUACAAUGAAGAGCAGCUCAGCCUAGCUGCAGCGGCGCUUGCGCAAGCUUCUCAAGCCACAAUGGUGCGGGCGGCCCUGGGUAGGUGGAUGUGUCAGGCAGCUCAGCUUAUGUUUCGACGGAGGCUCGGUUCAAAGUCACUUCGCGCAGGUAUCAAGCGGUGGUCCUCACGGACUCAGGAGAACGCCGUGCUAGGGCGAGCAGCUUCGUCGGUAGCUGCCCGUGGCGUCGAGCUCAGUGCCGUAAACAGAUGGGCGUGUCAAAUCGAGAGCAGCGGUGCUGAGCUUGCAGCAGCACAGCACCUCGCGACAUCCUUCAGCUCAACCAGCUGCUUGAAUGAAUGGGCAGCCCAGGUGGAAGUAUCGCGACGCGCCCGAGAACAUCGUCAGCUUCGGCAAGUGGAGCUACUGAACACGGCGCUCGAUAGCUGGGGAUUGCGGGCAAGGGCACAAGCGUUCGCCUGGAGGCGCGAGUAUCUAUCCGUCGCCAAGGCCUUUGAGCAGUGGACCGAAGUGGCCCACCGAGAGAAGGUAGCGGCAGACGCUGCUCAACACCAUCGCAGCUUGAUCGGGGUGGCGAAAGUAUGUGGCGGAAUAGGGCGACUCCAAAACGACUGCUUGGAGCUCAAGCGUUUGCAUGCCCGUGCCCGCCUUUUCAUCGGGUCGUCUCGCCUCUUGGCAACCUUGGACGCGGCCGUGGAUCGUCGCAAGAACCGCAUGAGAAGCAUGGUGCGUCGCUAUCUCAUGGCGAGGUAUGCACAAAUGUCGUCCAAGCGCAGAAAACGCAACUUUUACACGGCGCUUGAUCGAUGGAAAGCGGCGAGCCAGGGCGAUGUCAUCGCGACACAGGUGGCAGAAGAUCUGCAUGCCGCCGGCGCCGCAGCCCUUUCUCACAGAGCAAUGCUAGUAUGGCACAUGAGUGCCAUCGACGAUCAGGGACUACAAGCCACAGCUCGCGACCACUACAAACAGGCUUGGGUGGAUGCAUGGCUGACACUCACGACGCAGCAUGGCGCUGGCGAAGCGUCUGCUUGGAGCGUAUGGGCUGCGGAACAACAGCGCCAUAGUCUCAAGGCGUGGUCGAUAGCCACCCUGCAGCGGAACGGACAGGCACAUACGGCGACCGUCUUGCGGCAGAGGCAUGGUCGUGAUAAGUGGCUGCGAGCCCUCCAACAAUGGAGGAAUGUCCUGAAUGACGCUGGACCGAGCACGAAAGGGCAACUGCCACUGAGGGUGACAGAGAUGUCCAGUACCAAAGGCACCAACUUUACUGGCUGGAAGUCACUUCCGCCACGUUUGUCAUACGUCAGACGGGAUCACGACUUUCCAAACACCCCUAUGCAGACACCAACUCGUUGGACGGGGAGUGCUCUGCCUGUGACUAGUACUAGUCGCACGUCAAGGUUCAUGGCCACGGUACAGGAAGCAGAUGACGAGUCGGCUGCCACUUCAAGCGCCGCGGGAGAGCCGUCGGCCUGGGGGCGACACUCUCGAGGAUCGGUCGCGAGUCUCAUGGCUAGGCAAUUACCAUCGACGACACCGCAGGCCCCUGUGCCGACACACCUGGAGCGGCAACGGCAGCUAGGCAGGGGCUUACUAACCAGGUCGGUGCCAGUAAAGCCCAUCGCAAGGCAUGCCAGACCCAACAGGCCAUCGACUGCGACAGGGCCGGGCAGGGCCGACAUUCCUGGCCGCAGUCCAGAGCUCGUUGGGUUCACUGCAGCCCUGCAAGGACCCAAGCCGCGUCGUGUGGCACCGGUGGCGCCAGGCAGUCCCGGAAAGCCACUCGUCACCAGAACAGAGACCUGAGCCUCACUGGCCUGGCGGUGUUACGGCCUGAUCCUCGCCUGGCGAUAGUCUGGCUAGUAUCCAUAGACAGGACGCACGACGCAAGCGAAUGUUCUCAUUCCCCAGCUGUUUGACACGGAUGGUCUAUGAUGAGGUCGAUGGGUUUGGGCAAGAGAUCUGUGAUGUGUGGAGUUGUGUGUAGGGGCUUGCGUUGAUUAGACUACUUGAUACCCAUUUGAAUAAAGAAACUCCAGUUGAGGCUUUCUUGGUUGGACGAUGAG